AUGGGUACAUCAUUUGUAAAAAGUUACGUCCCGGAAUUUUCGAUCGUAACAUGUCGAAAGGGUGGAGAUGCACGUCCAGUAGCAAUAAGUGUAAACACGUAUCUAAUUCAGCUAAUACAACACCAAAGGAAUAAAUAUCUGCCUUUUCGGAAGAUUCUUCACCACAAGGAAUCUCGCGACAAAGUCCAAAAUCACUUAAUUUUGCUUGAAACUCUUGUGUCAAUAAGACAUUAA